AGAUGCCUGGUGAACAGCAGGCUGAGGAAGAGGAGGAGGAAGACAUGCAGGAAGAGAUGGUGCUGCUGGUGAAGGGUGAGGAAGAUGAAGGCGAGGAGAAGUAUGAGGUAGUGAAACUCAAGAUCCCCAUGGACAGCAAGGAGGUCCCGAGUGAGGCGCCUGCGCCCUCUGCCGACCCGACACGCCCACACGCGUGCACGGACUGCGGCCGCGCCUUUGCGCGCCGCUCUACGCUGGCCAAGCACGCCCGCACGCACACGGGCGAGCGGCCCUUCGCGUGCACUGAGUGCGGCCGUCGUUUCUCGCAGAAGUCGGCGCUGACUAAACACGGCCGCACACACACGGGCGAACGGCCCUACGAGUGCCCCGAGUGCGACAAGCGUUUCUCGGCAGCCUCGAACCUGCGGCAACACCGGCGGCGCCACACAGGCGAGAAACCCUACGCAUGCGCACACUGCGGUCGUCGCUUCGCGCAGAGUUCUAACUACGCACAGCACCUGCGCGUGCACACGGGCGAGAAGCCGUACGCGUGCCCAGACUGCGGGCGCGCCUUUGGCGGCAGUUCGUGCCUGGCGCGCCACCGACGCACGCACACAGGCGAGCGGCCGUACGCAUGCGCCGAUUGUGGCACGCGCUUCGCGCAGAGUUCGGCGCUGGCCAAGCACAAGCGGGUGCACACAGGCGAGAAGCCGCAUCGCUGCGCCGUGUGCGGCCGCGGUUUUGGCCACCGCUCCAACCUGGCGGAGCAUGCGCGCACGCACACGGGCGAGCGGCCCUAUCCUUGCACGGAGUGCGGUCGCCGUUUCCGCCUCAGCUCGCAUUUCAUCCGGCAUCGGCGCGCGCACAUGCGGCGCCGCUUGUAUAUCUGCGCCGGAUGCGGGCGGGACUUUAAGCUUCCCGCUGGCGCCACGGCUUCUACGGCCACGGAGCGCUGCCCCGAGUGCGAGGGUAGCUGA